AUGGCAGAAUCAUGUCAAGUAUCACUGAUCCUACUGGUCAUCCUCACAAUCAGAGGAGUACUGGGCCAGAGGAUCAUUGGGGGUCUGGAGGUAACACCCUACUCUAUAACAUACCAAGCCUCCAUCCAGUACAACAAAAACCACUACUGUGGAGGGACCCUCAUACACCCUCAGUGGGUGGUGUCUGCUGCCCACUGCUGGAGACCGGCAUACCUGAUCAAAGUGGUACUCAGUGAGCACAGUCUAUCCAGAGUGGAAGGCUUUGAGCAGGAGUUCAACGUCUCCAAUGUGCUGGUCUACUACAUGUAUAACUACAGGACGUUCGACAACGACAUCAUGCUGCUCAAACUGGAGAGGCCCGUGAAUCUCAACGCCAACAUCCAGCCCGCCAUCCUGCCCAGAGUGGACACGCCCCCGUUGCAACGGGGAAUGACCUGUACGGUAAGCGGCUGGGGGGUCACCAAUAUCUUCAGCUACUACCUGUCCCCCGUGCUCCAAGCUGUGGAUGUUGACGUUAUCACCAACUGCCAGAACUUCUACUACUUCAGCAUCACAGACAACAUGCUCUGUGCCGGCUCUCCCUUCGGAGGGAAGGACUCCUGUCAGGGCGACUCAGGCGGCCCUCUGAUCUGUAACGGGCACUUUGAGGGCAUCGUGUCCUGGGGCAUCAGCUGUGCCAACCCCUACUUCCCUGGUGUUUACACCAAGGUCAGGAAGUACAUCAGCUGGAUCAAGUGGAUCAUUCAGAACGACAGCUAG